AUGUCUUCCAACAAGUAUAAGAAGUCUUAUACACUAUCUUUACCAAAGUUUGAGUCGGUAUUUUUCCGAGCAGCUGAAUUAAGGCCUUGGGUGCGGAUUCUCUCUCUUUUUGCCCUAGUUACGGUGUGGAUAGGUCUCCAAACUUUGAAAACGAUACGAAGAGCUUUGUCUUGGCCAGAGUUCUAUCAGAAUUAUUCAGAACUAAGUUUACAAGCUGAAGAAAUCACCAUUGACCAACGUGAUGGUUUUCCUCAGUACUUGAUCUACUAUUGCGUGACUAUGUACCUAGGCCUAACGACUUUCACCCAUAUUAGCCAUCUAAUCAAGCUCGUCAUUACGGUCACGAUUACAACUAUUUGGUGCAUCCUCAGCAACGUACCAAUGAGGGCCGUGUUUGAAUGGUAUGACUUUUGGGCUUAUGGAAGCAGGCAACCAAUCGGACACCGCGUAUACCUUUCCGUCGUCAUGAUCACCAUCUCAGCUGCUGCCAUUACAGUCAAUAGGCAGUUGGAGCUUACCUCCCGACGACUUUUCAUAUGGAAGAAGGCAGUUGAAGAACAGAAAGAAAAAGUUGCAGACAUGCGCAGAAAAAACGAAGCUCUUGUGUACAAUAUUCUUCCUCCUCAUGUUGCAAAACAUUUUCUAGGACGAAGAAAAAAUGACGAGGAGUUAUAUAGCAAGAGUUACAAUGCAGUAGGAGUGUUGUUUGCUGCUAUGCCUAAUUUCUCGGACUUUUACACAGAAGAAUCUGUCAACAACCAGGGAUUGGAAUGUCUACGAUUUCUGAAUGAGGUUAUAUCUGACUAUGAUGCAUUACUAGAACAACAACGAUUUAAAGACAUCAUCAAAAUCAAAACGAUUGGGUCGACGUACAUGGCAGCUAGUGGACUCAACAAUGAAGAAUCUACAAAGCCUAAUAUUCCAGUGAAAGAAAAGUGGCGUCAUCUAGCGGAUUUGACCGAAUUUGCCUUGACGCUGAAAGAAACACUCAAUAAUAUAAACAGAGAAAGCUUUAACAAUUUUGUUUUGAGGAUGGGAAUUAACCAAGGUCCUAUCACGGCAGGAGUAAUUGGUGCCAGAAAGCCGCAUUACGAUAUGUGGGGAAAUACAGUCAAUGUUGCUAGCCGAAUGGAAAGCACUGGAAAAGCAGGUUGCAUUCAGGUAGUUGAAGCAACCGCUAACAUUUUGCGUGAGUUUGGAUAUCUGUUAGAUCAACGAGGCCUGGUAACUGUGAAAGGAAAAGGAAAAUUGAUGACUUACUACUUGGUGGGUAAGAAACCGGAAAAGUCAUCUCUAGAAGAUGAAAAUUUUCUCCCGGGAAUUGUUCCCGAUAUCGGAAGUGUUCAGUAAACCAAACAAAUAAAUUAUCUUUAUCAUCAAUAAAGAUAGAAGCGGAGUUUAUACACAGAGAUGGUUAAUCCUAGAAUAAUUCCCAUUAGAACAAGAAUCCUCAUUAGAACAACUCGACCUCUCAAGUGCUAUUCAGGGUUUGAAAUAGAGUUAUCAAGAAUCAUCACAGUAUGGAUUAGGUUUAUAUAUAUAUAUAUAUGAAAGAGGUUUGACUCGAGAUUAUACAAGAACAUUAUGCUUUGACGUAUUGAAAUGCAGGCUACAUAUUCUUCCGCGUUUUUCACCAAAAGCUGGUUUACUUACUCUAUAAUAGUGGUGUCAUUGUAGCUCUAUAGUCUAUAUAAUGUUUUUUUCGGACAAUAAAUUUUCGUUGUAACUUCAGAAAAUAGAAUUUCAGAUAAACAAAAAAAACUUUCGCUGUGCCAGUAUUCUUGUUAAUAUCAGCAGCUUUACGUUAUAAUAUUUCAUCUGAUCACAAAUAUACUGUAUUUAUAAUAUAUAUAUAUAUAUGAUGCUUGUAUUAAAUUUACUGGUCGUUCUUCAGUUAUAUGUUUAUUUCACAUUACUUCAGAUGUAUAUAUGUAAAAAAACUUGCCCUGUAUUUCGUUUCUCGCUUCAUACGCUAAACUUAAAUUAUCUUGUUUUAUCAAUUUAAGCGUCAUAGUUGUAUGUUUUGUAUAUCAUCUUAUGACCUUUAUUUAUUUCUACUUGUAAACUGACUGCAGUUACAUCAUUUGUAUUAAUGCCAUAUUUAAAGGUAAAAUAUCUCUUGUUGUUAAAGAAAUGACACGAGUUAACUUUUAUAUUUAAUAAAAUUCUUUGUUGUUGUUUUUUUUUACAUCUUGAAACAAGACGUACAACUAUACGAAUGAUGAGUAAGCUUAUGGCCCGUGUAACAAAUUUAUUGUUUACUUGACUACAGAAAACAAUAAUUAUAAGAUGCUUAAAUAAGUCGUACCGUUUAAGUUUAAACUGCUUAAAUGUGUUUACAUUGUUUCUUUGAUAUUCAUUGAUGCUUAACGUGAUUCAUGUUUUUAAGGUGCUGCUACAAUAUUGUUCAUAUAAACCUAGUCAUGGCUUAUUCACAUGUAAAUAAAUUUUACAAUUAGAGCCAUAAAAAACUAUGACCUUUAAGGCUUAAAGUCAUGCUCCGCAGUAACUUUCAGACUGAUUUGUAUUGUAAAAGUGUAACACGUUUUUUAGAAAUUGCUUAAUAAA